GCCUUUGUGAAUUGAGUUAAGGAUGCUCUUCUUUCGAUUUAAUUUUACACAGUAAUGAAAGUUCAUUUAGUUUUCGUUCACUCUUAUUUUUGUUCUAACAAAAUUUGCAUGAUUAACCAAAAAAAAAAAAAAAAGUAAAAAGAAAUUAAUAACUUUGUUGAAAUGUUUAUAUGUGCCUCAUCUAUCAUUAAUAUUUAAAUAAUCAAUCACUUGGCUUAUGUGUUUUGCUUGCAUGUCGUUAAUGCAUAAAUGGGUAACCAUCUGCCUGGCUCGAUUUCACAAAUUUUUCGAUUAACAACUUUGUGCUGCGUUAACAUUUUUAUGUAAACCUCGAUACUGCGUAACUAGUUGAGUUAUUUGAUUACUCAAAUAGCAGUUAUUUUUUAAAUGCAUUUAACAGUAAAUUCUGCAUAUGUUUUUCUUUCUGAUUUGAAUUUUAUUUCAAUAUUUGAAAUUCUUUUCCGCGGUUAUUGAAUUAUACUCACGUAUUUCAUUCCUUUCAACAACUCCCAAAUUUCCAGGGUACUGCCACGGAUCUGGUAGUGCAAUGAUGGCAACAUAUGGCAUACAGACGUAAACACCGCAUGAGGUUGAACCCGUGCAAAUUUGGUCUUCCACCGAACUUAUCAAAGUUUAUCAACACUUGGGUGUGAAUAGCAAAGUUGGCCUAUCCGGUCGUCCCGGCCGCCCUGUAGGCUCACUGGGCACCAGCAAAGUAUAUCGCAUCUGUGGCAUGACUGUACUCUGCUACCCACUCAUUUUUGAGGUAUCCGAUUUCUAUUUGUAUCGUGACAUGGCGCUGCUGAUUGAUGAUAUCAAAACCGAGCUGCAAUUUGUCGGUAAAUAUUGGCGUCUCUCCGGCCGCCCACAGUGUGCUUGCUCAUACGCGUAGAGCAUAUGCGCGACGCGCAAUUCAAAAAAAUGCUCGACUUGAUGGCCAUGCUAAAGAAAGGCUACUGCGAUGGCAUGAAAGUGCGCAUAGGACGUUUUCAGAAUUUGAUAAGCAGUUCGUGUAUUGAGCAUCUUGAUUUUGUGAAUCAAAGCAAUUUGUCCUACAAUGAUAACGCUUUUGUGCAAAUCAAUCAUGAGUAUAUCGGCUAUCAGUCGCUCACCGAUGUGCCUAAGGCACUAACAUAUGUUGAACAGAAAACUUCGCUGGACCACUUUAAACACAAACCUACGCACGAAAUCAUUGAAACUAUGCGCAAUACCGAAUCCAUUUAUUGUCUCUGUCAAUUGUGGGGCAUUUUGUUGGAGCGCGAAGGUGCCAAUUUCGAAGUGAAUGGCCUAAGCGUAAAUCAAGCGCGGCUCUAUCAUCGUGCAGGUUCGUUGCGCUAUUGGCGCGCAGUGCGCUACUGUUCCUCGUUAUUACAUCACAUUGUCGAUUCGAUUAGUCCUUUCAUCACCACUGUGUUGGUGAAUGGCAAGGAGUUAACUGUGGGUGUUAUUGGACAAAAGGAAACAAAUUUCGAUAAACCAAUGAUGCCGGCAGAGAUACAAAAUGUGAUGUAUACGACAGUACAGCCGUACAAUGUGAUACAGGCGGUGUUGCAGCAGGAAGUGGUGUUGUAUUGUGGUCGUUUGAUCGCCACAAAUCCGUCCAUGUUUAGGGGUAUAUUGAAGAUACGCAUUGGUUGGGUACUGGAGGCCAUGCGUCUGUACUUACAAAUGUCCGGGCAGGAAUCAAUUGAUUUGGAAAAUCUUUCACCAUACCAAGUGCGUAUACUCCUGCAAAAAGUGCUUACUGUAAGCGAAUGGGCAGCUGAGGAAAAGCUAACGACGUUGCAAUGUCGCCAAUUAGAGGGUUGCCUCUGCCGAGUACCGAAACAUUUCUAUAAUAAAAUAUGGGAAAUCCUACAACGUACUCAAGGUAUUACAACGCAAGGUCAUCUCUUACCCACCGUACCUACGUUGACAAAUAUGAGUCGUGGUGAAAUCACGUUCUCACUGCUGGUAGAGGAGACGCUUAUGUGCAUCGAUUGCCCUGAAAGGCGACAAAUUACAGUGGAACUGUUAUGCAUCAUAGCGACGAUAUUGAAUCGCAAUCCUGAGUUACAUUUUAAGCAAGCGCUUGACAUAGAUGACAUACUCAGCGAGGCAUUCGCCAUGUAUUGCAAGGACAAUAACAUCGAACGCCAAAAUGACAUGACUUCUUUCUAUGCUUUAUUUUAUACGGAAAGCACCGGCUAUUUGGCGCGUGCUGCUGUCAAUAAAGUGCUGCAAGGUGGCGCUCUAUCCACCUUAGAUGAGAAUGGCUUCUCAAAUGGUGGCGGCCAAAUGCACGAUGAGACCUGUCAUGUUUCUUAAAUGCAGCAGCGCCAUUGGAAUUUCACCCGCUUGCCAAAGUUAUUAGUCUAUAAAUUCAAUAAGUAUAAAUUAACCACACACACAUGUACGCACCUAUUUAUUACUUCACAUUUAAUCACAUCUAUCUUUAUCUUUACUAUUCUUAAAUCGAAAUUUACCCACCCACUAUGUGAGCGAAUUUCGCACAAGCAAGCAAUAUUUAUGUUAAGUUUUUUAACCUACCUUCAUAUUUCAAAUGUCUCGCUAAUGUGCUCUCUGAGAAUUUAAUGCCGUUUUGACGUCGUUUUUUAACUUUUUUUUAUAUAACCAUACCAUACACCAUGAUUCAGUUUUGCAGCUCUCUAACAUACGAAACUAGUCUGCCUUUUUUAUAAUUUUUAACUGACACGGUUUUAUUAAUAAUUCAGAUUUGGAACCUUAUAUACUUGUUACUUACACAUUGUUGCACUUUAAUAUUUAUUUACUUUUCAAACGCGUUAAGUGAGAUAUAUUCACUUGAGACAAUUUCAUAUUAUGAUUCACCAAACAUUGUGGUAAAAUACGAAUUUGUUUAUAAAAAGUUAGUUCAUUAAAAUACGGUUUAACCAAGAUACUUUUAAACUAAUUCAUCAGUGUUUUUUUCAAUUUCUAAAGAAUCGCCGAAAAUUAUACCAAUUAAUAUACCGUCGGUGAUACUGCAAAACGUUCUAUGUCAUUUAUUACCUUUGGUGCUUAAUUGAUUUCUAAUCUGUAUCUGAUCGCUUCCGGCAAUCGUUCAUCUUCAUCAGCCAAAGGUAGACAGUUUUCUUAUUCGUUUAUUAGGGUGUAACGAUUUGCAGAUGCAUUCCGGUGCAAUUAAGAGACCAUAUAAGUGUCAGGGGUACUAAUAGACAUAGACCGUUUUGCAGUAUCACCGACGAUAUGAAGGAAUUAUCGCAAUUGAAUAUUUGCAAAAGGGAGCUAGUAAUACAGGCACAGUUAAAAAUUCAAUAAGGAGGUUGCGGAAAGCCGAGCAAACUCCGAGUAAAAUUCUUGUUUCAUCGAGCCAACGCUCCCGCUCACAAAACUAAUGUUGCGAUGGCUGCCAUACAAGCACUGGGCUACGGAUAGCAUGAACACCCUCUCUGCUGCCUCCCAUCGACUUGUACCUUCUUCGCUUCAAAGAACAGCUUAGAGGCAGGAAAUGUCGUAGCGUAAAAAAAGGUUUAAAAGGACUUUUAGUAAAGAGUUGCAUGGUAUUUAAGUAGGGUAAUCAGUACACUGGAAUCAAAUGCCAGUAUAAACCUAAAAAAUUCUGCAUUUAAAGAUUUUUUCGUUUUUAUUAAAACACAGAUCUGCAUAAGGAGCAGGUACAAUCAAAUAUUGAGGCCCACGCCAAAAAUAUAUAUUUCCAUCAUAAAUCAGUUUCCGUAAAUUCACCAAAUUAAAAAAAAGGUUCAUAUUUUACAUUUAAUAAAUUUCCCUAAAUAAGCGUAAAACUAUGGGGUCAUUGGUAUUUAGUGAGUUUUUUUUAGUCAUCAGAAGCUAGUUACAAACAAAAUGAUACCUUUUGAUUAAAGCCUUGCACCAAAUGUUAAAAAUGGUGCGAUCAGAAUAAACUUAUUUUAUAAAUGAGAUUAGUUUUACUAUAAAGGCAUAUAGAAGUUUUAUUUUUUAAACGUUAAGAGCACAAUCUUUUUCGCAUCAAGUACAUAUUUCUUCAAGCACUUCUAAAUGGUCCACAUUUGAAUACCUAAAAUUGAAUGAAAUAAAUAUGCAAAUACAAGUUCACAUAUGUUAGAUAUUGCAAAUACUCACUUUUCUGCGUUAUCUUGUCAUUGAGAGAUACCCUCUCGCUGUCCUUGGUUGAAAUCGCUUACAGUAGUAGCCUCCAUAAUUUAUGUUACGCUUCGUUUCCUUUUAUUAACCGACUUUAAAAAAGGGAGGUUGUUAUCACUUCGUCGGAAUAAAAAAUAGAAACUAAGCAAUUGUUUUUUCUUAAAAUUUCAUAUCUUCCACUUAAAUUUAUUUGAACAAAUCUAGUGAAAAGUCUGCAAUUUUAAGAAAAAGCAUUUGCUUAGUUUUUAUGCAUAUGGCACAUUAUAUAUAACUAUGCGGUGAUAACACUGUGGAACAUAAAAUAAAUAUGGCGUGUUAGCCAUACUCAGUUUUACUAGAGC